GCAAUUGGGCUAUGUUGACAAUUAGUUUGAAGAUGGCCGAUCAAGCUGUGCGUGUUUUACAACAACAAACAAAACCGAUCAAAGUCGAAAAAUGGAAAGUCCGGCAAGGAAAUGCCGUAUCUUUAGGGCGAAUUGUGCUAAUUUACGAUUUCAUGGAGAAAGAGAAGCCCGAGCAGAAGAAACUGAAGGCGUUGCAAGCCGGCAUCAUCCACAAAAUUUUGGCGGUGGAAGGCAAAGUUGUGCAACCUGGUGAACCCCUUUAUGAAAUUAAGGCCUGCAGUCACCCCACUAUUAUGAACGACAUGUGCGCUGAAUGUGGGGCGGAUUUAAGAAUAGAACUGAUCCAGAAAACAACUGCAUCGGUUCCCAUGAUCCAUGCUAUUCCAGAGUUGAAAGUCAGCGAAGAACAAGCUAAGCAGUUGGGCCAAGCGGAUAGUGACCGUUUAAUCAAAGACAGGAAAUUAGUGUUGCUAGUAGAUUUGGAUCAAACGUUGAUACACACUACUAACGACAACGUACCCGCAAAUAUCAAAGAUGUGUAUCAUUUUCAAUUGAAUGGCCCUACAUCACCAUGGUACCAUACCAGGUUACGACCGGGAACACACAAAUUUUUAAGCACCAUAUGUGAAUUUUACGAGCUGCAUAUAUGCACUUUUGGCGUUCGAAGCUAUGCCCACAUGAUUGCCAGAUUUUUAGAUCCAGAGCAAAAGUUUUUUUCCAAUCGAAUUCUCAGUCGCGACGAGUGCUUUGACCCUACUAGCAAAAAAGCUAAUCUCAGUGCUCUGUUUCCUUGCGGCGACGACAUGGUUUGUAUUAUAGAUGACCGCGAAGACGUCUGGUCGCAUGCAGCCAAUCUAAUCCAUGUUAAGCCUUAUCACUUUUUCCAACACACAGGAGAUAUUAACGCGCCUCCUGGCCUAGAUAAGCAUGAAGACGACGACAAGGAAGGGGUGGACUUAACAAGAGCUGCCAAGCAACCCUCCCCUGAUGUUCCGGGAGAUAAAAGUGAAAGCACCGAAACAGAAGAUGAAAAUUUGACUUCAGUCAAUGAAGAUAAAACUGUUCAAUCCUCCCCUGGAGACUCCUCAGAAAUUGUAGAUGCUAAAAGUGACGCGUUAGGAAGUAGUACCAAUGAAGAUUUAACUAAGAGCAACCAUUGUGAUGAUAAUGAUAAAGGUGUAAGCAGUGAGAUUAGCGAAAGUGUGCCUCCAUCAAGUAGUACUGAAGAGCCGAAUGUAGAGAUUAAGCCAAUCCCUAGCGAUGAAGUUGUUACCAAAGAAGAAGUUUCAGAGAACAGUGGAUCUAUCGAAGAAACUAAAAUAAGCUUAGCAACUGAGCUGAAUUCGGGGGGAGAAAGCAUAGACAAAAAAAGCGAAUCCGAAAGUAUUCCUAAAGUGGAUACCGGGAAAACUAACGGCAAACUGAAGGGAAUCGUUCCAGAACACAGUGAGAAAUCCCAAGAUGCAAGCCUAUAUGAAGUUGAAGAUCCAGAUGAUUAUAUCAAUUAUUUGGAGGACAUUUUAAAACAAAUUCACACAUCGUACUACCAGUUGUAUGAUGAGAUGGAAUCUGGCAAAAUUCCGGACUUGAAAAAGGUUAUUCCAUAUGUAAAAAGUCAGGUUUUAAAGGGUUGUAAGUUGGUGUUUAGUGGCCUAGUGCCAACCCACUAUAAACUCGAAGAAUCCAAAGCAUAUCGUGUCGCACGAAUCCUAGGAGCCGAAGUUCAGCACAAUUUCAAUAAUGAUACCACCCAUUUGGUGGCCGUCCGGCCUGGAACCGCUAAGGUUAAUGCUGGUCGUAGAAGAAAAAAUUUGAAAAUCGUCACUCCCGAUUGGCUGUGGUGCUGUGCGGAAAGAUGGGAACAAGUGGAUGAGCGACUAUUCCCGUUAAAUGCCAAGGGCUCAAAAAACCGACACCCGCCACCUCAUUGCAGCAGUCCAGAGCACAUUCCCGAGUAUCCAGGUAGUCAAACUCCUGUUCUGCGGAAAAGGUCUCCAAGUGGUCGAUUCAUGGAUACGAUAAAUCCUUUGAUGUCGUUUUCCCGGGACGAUAUAGCCGAUAUGGAUAAAGAGGUGGAGGAUAUUUUGGAGGAUGACACCGAUGAUGAAGAACAAGUGGCGCCCAUUCCUGUUGAAUUGGAGGAUGACAAUGAUACCGAUAUGGAAGAUGUGAAUAUCAAGCAACUGAUUCAGACGGAAAUAUUGGAUGCUUAUGACAGUCAGACGGAUGAUGGGGAACGCGAGAACACCCAUGACUUAGUUACUCACGAAUCCAAAACACAGAUACAUGAAAACCGGAAAAGAGCUUUGGACGAUGCGGAAGACGAUAAAGAAGAUCUACCCAGCCGAAAGUUUCGCCGCGGCGAGGAUAUCGCUGAUGAUCUGGAUGUUGAACCACAAAAUUCGGAUGAUGAUGAUAGUGACAGUUUUGAAGCUCCAGACGAGGAGGAUGAAGGGGAAUGGAACAUGAUGGGCGCUGCCCUGGAAAGGGAAUUCUUGUCCGACUGAACUUUGAAACCGAAGUAAUUGUCUUGCUAGUACAAAGCACUAUUUUAUAGGAUAUAAGACAAGUUGCAUGAAAGCUUUCAAUUGGUAAAAUAAUUUCUGAAUGAGGAAAUGUUUUUAAGUUUGACAUGUUCGGAUUUAUUUUAUACGUUAGGUUGAUUGAAUAUAUGGCACAGGUUUUCAUGCAAUUUGAAGACUAGGUUUCAAUGGAGUAAUUCGAGAUUUCAUGUAAAUAAAAGGUUCUAUUAA